CUGUUUUUUAAGGAGUGGAGAUAGUCUUCAUUUACUACACUCGGCUGUUACGGGAAACAUUAGAAACACUGGUUGAUCCCAAAAGAAAAAGGCGUAGGCAAACAUCGAUAUUAGUGAUUUUUACUGACCCGGGUACGCUACAAUUCUUCUACAAAUCACUAUCAGUUCAUAUUUCGACUUGUUUAUAGACAAGGUGUUAACGGUUUUAAGCGUUAAUCCUCAAGAACGAAAUGGCAAGAGGAGAGGGCGCAGAGCAGUUUUCCAACACAAGUCUUCUGCAGAAACCCAGCCCUGAUGGAAUCAAAUUAGAAGCAAAGCGUGAGACGAAGGGCCGGUUGUCGGUCUGCAGUAAGUUGUGCUAUGCCAUUGGAGGAGCACCAUAUCAGAUAACAGGAUGUGCAAUUGGCUUCUUCCUUCAGAUCUACCUGCUGGAUGUUGCUUUGUUGGAUCCAUUUUAUGCUUCCAUCAUUCUGUUUGUGGGUCGGGCAUGGGAUGCGAUCACAGACCCAACAGUGGGCUUUCUGGUCAGCCGGAGUCCCUGGACACGAUUUGGACGAAUGAUGCCUUGGAUUGUGCUGUCUACCCCUUUUGCUGUGCUGUCUUAUUUCCUCAUCUGGUAUGUGCCUGAUUUUGACCAAGGCAAAGUUGUUUGGUACCUGAUCUUCUACUGUGCCUUCCAGACCUUGCAGACAUGUUUCCAUGUGCCAUACUCUGCCCUUACCAUGUUUAUCAGCUCUGAACAGAAGGAAAGGGAUUCAGCCACAGCCUACCGAAUGACUGUUGAGGUUUUGGGCACGCUCAUUGGCACUGCUGUACAAGGUCAGAUUGUGGGAAUGGCUAACGCUCCCUGUAUGCGCACUGGGGGGGACCUCAACUCCACGGAUCUGCAGGUGGCUACUGAGAUCAACAUAACUGAGCCUCAUAUUUCACUUGGGCAUCUGAGAAAUGCUUAUUUGAUUGCAUCUGGUGUCAUCUGCUCCAUUUAUGUCCUCUGUGCCUUGGUCCUUUUCCUUGGUGUAAAGGAACAAAAAGAGACCUGCAGGAUAAGGUCCGAACCUAUGUCAUUUUUCCAGGGCAUUCGUAUGGUAAUGGGCUAUGGUCCAUAUGCCAAGCUGGUCAUGGGCUUCCUCUUCACCUCUCUGGCUUUUAUGUUCCUGGAAGGAAACUUUGCACUCUUCUGCUGCUACACUCUGGGAUUCAGGAAUGACUUUCAAAACAUCCUGCUCGUCAUUAUGCUCUCUGCCACACUUGCGAUACCAUUCUGGCAAUGGUUCCUUACAAAGUUUGGCAAGAAGACAGCGGUGUACAUCGGAACAACAUCUGUGGUGCCUUUCUUGGUCUCAGUAGUCUUGGUGCCAAGCAGUCUUGCUGUGACCUAUAUUGUGUCGUUUGCUGCUGGAGUCAGUGUUGCAGCAGCCUUCCUCCUGCCCUGGUCCAUGCUUCCUGACGUGGUGGAUGAUUUUAAAGUACACAAUCCUGAUUCUCAGGGGCAUGAAGCCAUCUUUUACUCCUUCUAUGUGUUCUUCACCAAGUUUGCAUCUGGUGUCUCUUUGGGAAUCUCAACUCUUAGCCUUGAUUUUGCUGGCUAUGCGACACGAGGUUGCACGCAACCAGCAGAGGUAGAUUUAACUCUGAAGAUCCUGGUAUCUGCAGCUCCAAUUGUCUUCAUCAUCAUUGGGCUGCUAAUAUUCAUCACCUAUCCCAUCAACGAGGAAAAGAGACAAGGCAACCGCAAGCUACUUAAUGAACAACGAGAAAAUGAGGUUGACUCUGAAUUGGACUCAACUGAGCGCAGGGUAGUUUAAUAGAACCAGACGCAAGACAAAACAUUGUGCCACUUGCAUUGGACCAACAGAGGCAAAAAACAACAACAAAUGCUUUGAACCAACUGUGCGUAGCCUUUUAUAGCUCAAGUUCAAAGUGCCUUGUCAUUUCCAGUCGCAGGUGCUAAUGGACACAAACAUUUUUUCCCUCAGAUUGGCACAACUGAGCGGUGAUGGUAACAUGUUCUGUUUGUGUUGCCAGGGUUUGUGCUGUAAGCUGGAGUAGGAGCAUACAGUCAAAAACUGGCCAACUUUUGUUAAAGCACACACCUAUACUGCACUAAAUUGAUCUGAGGUGGGACAUGCCUACCAUGAGAAUAAAGUUGAAACGUUGGACAUUUUGGAAAGCUAUGUUUUGGUGUUGAAACCAAAAAUGCAUUGUUAGAAGGGUACACUUUGGGAGGAAUAUCUGUGAAACUGUACACUAUGUAUAAUAUUUAUUUGCAUCUAAUUUAAUAUUUAUACUUUUGUGCAUCUAACUGAAUUACUCGAGCAAACUCUACACUUUAAUGGGGUUUGAUUACAUCAAACAUCAGUUGUGCCAACAGAAAUUAGGUUUUUAUUUGAUUAUUUUGCAUUGCUUUUCUUUGUGAACCCCUUUUCUUUGAUCCCUACAUGUCUUCAAAUGAUAUGCUUUAAAUCUUUGAAUCUAAUUCAAUCAAGUUCUGUAUCCACUCGGUAGAAAAAGUGCAUCAUAUCUUCUUGUGUAUCAAAUCUGCUAGCAGGAGGUAAAACUUUAUAUGCUGUAGACAGUAUUCAUGGAAACUACCAGGAUGCCAUCACAUCCUAUUGGGGGUUCAGGGGUUAAACCGUAUGAUCAAGAUUAUUAAAUGAAUUGUUUAUGUUUUAAAUCUUAUGUUGAUUUGAUCAAGUUUGUUUCUUCCAUCUUCCUUAAUUUACAUGAUCUUGUUUAAGGGUCUCUGUAAAAUAUAAGGGCAAAUAGAAUAGAGAUUUGUCACUGCUGAAUCAUUACUUCUAGUGUGCCAAUUAUUCCUAUGGAAAAGCCAAUUGAUGUGUUUACAAGUGACACUGUCAUUAGUUUUUUUGUGUUCGUUUAAUAAUAUCUCUGGUCUGUUUUGUUUGGUGUCAGCACCCUUUUGAUUGUCCAUAUUAUAGUCUCGAAAGUGCUUGUGCAAGACAUUUGUUUUAUUAUUGUAUAGUAAUAAUGUAAUGUCAGUUACCUGCCUGCAACUUAUGUGUCAAAGAUUUGAAAACCGAUUUUUCAUUUUCUUUCUGGGAAAAUGUUAUUUGUAAAUAUUCAUUUGUGAAAGGUGUCAUAUGUUAUACAUAUUUACAUAGGCUGUGCAUUGAAAUCUCAUCGGUGCAUAUUUAAAUGGUUAGAGUAGAAGUUAGUACCAUUUUCUAUCUGGUGUCAGUAUUGUAUUAGUAUUUCAUUAACACAGGUUUAGGUUGAUUUAUUGAGUUUUCCUUAUUCCGAGAAAACAAAAUAAAUUUAUUGUAUAUAAUAAAUGUGCUGAUAUUUGUAAAUAUAUUUGAUAUUUUUUUGAAUGGAAUUGCCCCAAAUGUGGAUGCAUUUAGUGAUUUAAAAGAAUCAAUGCUACCUAAAUGUUUGUUUAUAAAUACCAAUAUAUGAGAAUCACUUGCUUUUGUCUUCCAUGUUUACAUCACUUUUACUUGAUGUCAAGCCUAAGAACCUAGUUACUGUUUAUACUU